AUGAAUCUGCGCCUCGCCGAAGGCCCCCUCCCAGCCAGCGAUUUCCUCUUGGAACUGUUCCACGCUCCAGUGCAGAGGGUCAAUGGAGUCCUCGGACUGUGUCCGUUCAUGCUUCAAUGCAUGUGGAUGUUGGGCCUCGACGUCCGCGGAGACUGCAACGCCACUGGCCUCGCCGAUUGUCAAAGCCCUCUCGUGUCGAACUGGACGUCAUCUGGACAAAAGUGCGCACCGGCCCGUGGCUGGCCUGUAUGA